CUCAGGUCAUCUGCAGCUGCAGCAAAGGAGAAGCAGGAAAGAUGGCGAUCAUCCAUUAGACCGACCGGGCGCACGCAUGAAAUACGAGGACAACUUUUGGGAGGAUCGCUUGAGGAGAAGACUGUACCAGUUUCCCUGAUUUUCCAGGGAGUGCUCCCUCUUUUCAGUGAUGGAGGUAUUGCAGUGUGAUGGCUGUGACUUCCGUGCCGAGUCAUACGAUGACUUGAAGACCCACAUUCAGGAAGUGCACACUGUUUUCCUGCAGCCUGCAGAUGCAGAUGAGUCUGACUCUCUGAAAGACGAGGAUGAAGAUGAGGAGGAAGAGGAGGAAUAUGAGGAUAAGGAUGACAAGGAUGACAAGGAUUAUACACCUCCUAAAGCUGGAAUGAGCCCCAACUCUUCUGACAAUUCCAACCAAACGUCACAAAAACUGACAGCUGAAACCCUUCUGCCGUUUUACCAGUGCAAGUUCUGCGUCCGUUACUUCAGAUCGAAAUCAUUCUUAAGAAACCACACCAAAAAAGUGCAUAAUGUUGUAGAGGAAGAUUCAGAUGCAAGCAUCUCCUCGGAGACAGCUAAGCAGCCCAGCUACACCGUUAUAAUGCACAAUGACCAUUCAAAGGUGUAUUCCUGUCAGUAUUGCACAUACAAGUCUCCACGCAAAGCAAGGAUAAUGAAACAUCAACUAAUGUAUCAUAACAAAGUUUCGUCAGAGAGCGCUGGAGAUCCCUCCGCUGAGACCGGAGAGGAGUGUGACUCGGCCAGCGCACUCAUGAAGGGAACAUUUGCCUGCGAAUGGUGCGACUAUCAGACCGACCAGAAGGAGAGCUGGACGAAUCACGUGGUGAAAGAACACAGCGACAAGGUCAAGAUAGUUUCCUGCAUUACGGAGGUGGAAGGGGAGGCAAGUGCAAGCUCACCCAAGCCAGAUUCUCCCUCCGCUUCCCAAAGCCCGACUAGAUCGAAGAUGAGCAUCACUGGAAAGGAAAAGUCAGUAGGAAAAACAGCAGAAGACACAUCGGGGGAGUCAGUCCCAGAGAUCUCGUCCUUUCAGUUUGCACAGAUUAGUGCAGUAACACCCAACAGCACAGGCUCCUCGAUUUUGUCCAAGAGGUUUGCUUCAUCUGAUGUCUCCAACAGUGUCAUAGGGAUGGAUGCCAACUUACUCAAUGAGGAAGACUCCAGGAGCAGCUUAGAGGAUGAUGAUGAUGAGGAAGAGCUGGGCGAUAUAGAUGAUCCCAGCUAUACUGGGACCUUGUCAGCAGAUGCAAAGCAGCUUUUAACCGACGAUGAUAAUAAAUUACUGGAGACAAAAGGAAUACCAUUUAGAAAGUACAUGAACCGAUUUCAGUGCCCCUUCUGCUCCUUCCUCACCAUGCACAGGCGGAGCAUCUCCCGCCAUAUUGAAAACAUUCACCUUUCUGGUAAAACCACAGUGUACAAAUGUGAUGAAUGCCCGUUUAUUUGCACCAGCCCUCUUAAACUCGGCACGCACAAACAGAGCCACAAUUCCUCAGAUUUAGAGACCAUGGACCUAACAAGUGACAGCCCAGAUCCUCAGAAUGACAGUGCAGCAGAGCCAGUUAAUGGGGGUAAUGUAAGUUCCAAAGUCAAUGGAAAAAGGAUAACCAGCACAUCGAACGACCAGCAGAACCCUCAUCGCUGCACACUCUGCAGCUUUUCUACCACCACUCUGAAAGGUCUGAGGGUUCACCAGCAGCAUAAGCAUUCCUACUGUGAUGACCUAGAUCCCACUGUCUUUGAAAGCCAACUCACUGACCAGCCGGACUCUGAAGCGGACGCUUCUCCAAUCUUUCUUCAAAAAACCCAGACCUCCAUUUUAGGACUUGCCACCAAAAAGCCCUUAGUAACAGGGAAAAGAGCCAGGAAGUCCAUUAACGACUUGCCUUUGGAUUUGUCUUCAGUUAAGAAGAGAACAAGAAUUGAUGAAAUUGCCAGUAACCUUCAAAGUAAGAUAAGCCAAAGCCAGCAGGACAUGAUCAUAAACCUAGAUGACAUGGAUGAUGAAGAUGCAGGAGAAAAUCACGCCAGUACUGAUAAAGAGGAUAGAGACGAUGACAAUAAAAACCCUGUCUUCACUUAUAACACACAGCAACUUCAUGCAAGAGAACCAGUGACCUCUCACGAGGGAGGCAGGAUAGGGAAAAGAAAAAGCAACCCUAAGUCAAAACCUAGAAACAUUCCUAUAUCCCUGACUCUCUCAGAUGAUAGCGAAAACAUCUCUGCCGACCCCAGUGAGAGUACUAUCCAAGAAAAUGCGGAUUAUUCAGAGGAACCAGGAACUACACGUUUCUACUGUAAACACUGUGAUUACCACAACAAAUCAGCUCGAAGCGUCAGCACCCAUUACCAGAGGAUGCACCCUUACAUCAAGUUCAGCUUCAAGUACAUCCUGGACCCUGAGGACCAGAGUGCGGUCUUCCGGUGCUUAGAGUGCUACAUUGAAUAUACAAAUUACAACGAUCUACACCAACACUACAUGGAUCACCACCCUGAAGCGAGCAAUGUACUCAACUUCAACCAACCAAAUCUGGUAUACAUGUGCCGCUUUUGCUCAUACACAAGCCCCAACGUUAGGAGCCUGAUGCCCCAUUACCAAAGAAUGCAUCCGACAGUGAAAAUUAACAAUGCUAUGAUCUUCUCGAGCUAUGUAGUGGAGCAGUCCCACAAGACAGGAGAAUCGCAAACCCUGAGGGAAAUAUUAAACUCUGGCCCCAAGAAUUUUAACUCCGCCACGUCAACCCCCAGGUCUUCCUCCAGCCCAGUGCUGAAAACCGUCUCCAAGACCCCUGAAGCCAGUGCUGAGACAGACCCUGUCAAAGAAUCUAUGAGUGGCAAUGUUGUUGUCUAUGAUUGUGAUAUGUGUUCGUUUGCUAGCCCCAACAUGCACUCUGUGUUGGUCCACUAUCAGAAGAAACACCCGGAGCAAAAGGCAUCUUAUUUCCGUAUACAGAAAACCAUGAAGGUCAUCUCAGUGGAUCAAUCACAGUCUGCUGCAAACUCUUCGUAUAAUCUCAGCAUGGCUACACCUCCAAAACAGCCGAGCGCAGCACUGUAUGGAUCAGACGAAGAAAUGUACUACUGUAAACAUUGCGUGUACAGCAACAGAUCUGUUGUUGGCGUGUUAGUCCAUUACCAAAAGAGACACCCAGAAGUGAAAGUGACAGCAAAAUAUAUCAAACAUGGGGCCCCCACCCCUGGUUUGAUGAAACUAAUGGAUGAAUUGCAAAUUGUGGCUCCCAAACAAUUUUUGAAGCAGUUUCAAAACAAUGGUCACGAUGGCUCUAACAACUCAAGCCCUAAACCAGGAAGUGGGGAGAAAGGUGAGGACGAGCUGUUCUUUUGUCAGCACUGUGAUUAUGGCAAUCGCACUGUAAAAGGAGUGCUUAUUCACUACCAGAAGAAGCACAGGGAAACCAAGGCCAAUGCUGACCUUGUACGUCGUCACACUGCUGUUGUCCGGAGUCAGCGUGAGCGUGCGCAGAUUGUUCAGUCGAGCAGUGUCUCUUCUGCCGUAAUCCCAGCCUCUACAGACCCCGACAACGCUACCUCCCUGCGUUCCCUUAAGUGCAGAAACUGUUCCUACACAUCCCCCUACGUGUACGCCCUAAAAAAACACCUGAAGAAAGAGCACCCCACUGUGAAGGCCACUGCUAUGACCAUUUUACACUGGGCUUACCAAGAUGGCAUUCUGGAGGCUGGCUACCACUGUGAAUGGUGCAUUUACUCCCACGCUGAACCCCAAGGCCUGCUGCUCCAUUACCAAAGACGCCAUCCUGAGCACAACGUCGAUUACACAUACAUGGCCAGCAAGCUAUGGGCUGGUCCAGAGACCACCCAACAAGGGGGAAAUAUGGAAACUAAACAUUACAAAUGCAGAGACUGUGCCUUUGAGGCCUGCACAAUAUGGGACAUCACUAGUCACUAUCAGGCAGUCCACCCAUGGGUCAUUAAAGGGGAUGAAUCUGUGCUUUUGGAUAUCAUCAAAGGAAAUGGCACAACAGACAAGAUCCACCAGCAGGUUGCCAAAGAACAUGUGUCUUUCAAUUGCCAGUCUGUUGAAGAUGAUGGAGCACUGCUCAUUGCUACCCCUCCUCAAGAAAGCAAUCCCCAUCCCCAACACCCACGUCUUUCCAUCUCUAGUAAUCCUUAUCAGUGUACUGUAUGUCUGUCAGAGUACAACAGUCUCCAUGGUCUCCUCACUCACUAUGGAAAGAAGCACCCAGGCAUGAAAGUAAAAGCUGCAGAUUUUGCACAGGAGGCAGACAUCAACCCCAGUUCUGUGUAUAAAUGCCGUCACUGUCCGUAUGUCAAUUCCCGAAUCCACGGUGUCCUGACACACUAUCAGAAGAGACACCCAUUAGUGAAAGUCACUGCGGAAGACUUUGCAGAUGAUAUAGAGCAAAUCACUGACUUAAAUGAAGGAGAUGACAAGUGCAAAACUCAAAGGCAGGGCUACGGCGCAUACAGAUGCAAAAUGUGCCCAUACACACAUGGCACACUGGAGAAACUCAAAAUCCACUAUGAGAAAUAUCACAAUCAGUCGGCCUCUGAUAUGUUCACUCCCUCUAUGACAAAUUUCACUCCAAGUAAAGAUACUGAGCCAGUAGCCGAAUGCAGUGCUAGUAAUAUAUCAAGUGCAGCGAAAGUCCAGGAGGUCAGUCAGUUGGACCUUGCCCUCUCCCAGUUACCCAUCAAUAAGACAGAGAAACACGCUGUAUUCAAGUGUCAACUCUGCAAAUACUUCUGCUCUACCAGGAAAGGCAUCGCUCGCCACUACCGUAUCAAGCACAACAACGUCCGUGCUCAGCCAGAAGGUAAAAACAAUGUCUUCAAAUGUGCUCUGUGUUCAUACACAAACCCUAUACGCAAAGGCCUGGCAGCACACUACCAGAAGCGGCAUGAUAUUGAUGCCUAUUAUACCCAUUGUCUGGCUGCUUCCAAGACUAUUAGUGAAAAGCCUAACAAAGUGGUGGCACCGCCGCCAUCAGAAGGGGACAAUUCAGAAAUGAGUGAAGACUUGCGUUUGGCUGUUGAGAGACGAAGGUGCUCUCUUUGCGCCUUCCAAGCCUUCAGCAGGAAGAGCAUUGUCUCACACUACAUUAAACGCCACCCAGGUGUCUUCCCCAAGAAGCAGCAUGCUAGCAAGCUUGGUCGCUACUUUACCGUUAUCUAUGCCAAAGAACCAGAGAAGAUUGUUGUCAGUGCAAUGGCAGAGGAAGACAAGGAAGUGCUGGAUGUUCCACUUGAACCUGAGCAGGACAGUGAUGUUGAAUGGCUGCCCUUCAAGUGUCUAAAAUGCUUCCGGUUGUCCUUCAGCUCAGGUGAGCUGCUCUCUAUGCACUACAACGACCACCACAGCAAUGACUUGAAGAGGGACUUUUUGGUAUCGCCUGGUCCCGGGGAUGAAGAUUCUGAGUUGUACCAGUGUUCUCACUGUGAGCUCAAGUUCCUGGCUCUACCAAUUCUGGCCAAACAUCUAUUGAACCACAAUGAGGAGUUUCAGAAGAGGGCCAUGAGGCAGGAGAGGAGGAGGCAGCUCCUCAGCAAACAGAAAGCCGCCGAACUACCUGAGGCCAAACCUGAGAAGGAAAGCCCUGUAAAUAAAGCUCCCAUAGGAUUCAGGUGUAACUUCUGCAGAGAGGUGCAUCCCACCCUCCGAGCCAUCUGCAACCACCUUAGGAAGCAUGUCCAGUAUGGAGAGGUCAAAGAGGGACACGUCAAGCAGGAAGUCAGCGAGGUCCCUCUGACGCUGCCUUCAGAGAGCCUCACUAACGGCGACCUGGAGGGGGAUGAAGCAGCUGAAGUAGAUGACCUCGAGACACCCGUGGCUACAAUUAUGGGCCCACCCUUGGUUUCCACAGCUUCCGGUGGUGCUGAGGUCGUUUCGGAGACACUGGAACCAGAAACUGAUGCUGUUGAAGGAAGGGCAGCGGCCCUCGUAGCUGCAGCGAGGGCCGUGGUGUCGGAGGAUCAACUGAAGCGGCGAUUAGCAUCAGGGGGUCACCCGUGUGCCCAGUGCGACCGAGUCUUCAUGUCCAUGCAGGGACUGAGGUCCCAUGAGAGGAGCCACUCAGCCAUGGCACUGUUCAGCAGAGAAGACAAAUACAGCUGCCAGUACUGCCAGUUCGUCUCACCCUUCAGACACAAUCUGGACAGACAUGUGCAGUCUCAUCACGGGCACCACAAGCCCUUCAAGUGCAAACUCUGCCCCUUUAAAUCUGCCUACGUGAGUCGCUUGAAGAGCCACCUGCAUAAGGCACACACAGGUGAGCAACACACAUACAAGUGCUUGUCGUGCCCCUUCUCCUCUAUGACCAUCAGCCAGCUGAAGGAGCACUCUCUGAGAGACCAUGGUGAGGCCCUGACCCUCCACAAACUCCGGGCUGCUACCCAGGCUGCUCAUGCCGCCCUCAGGCCCUCCCGGCUGGCCAGUAACACAGAGCAGGCUCCCUUGACCACGGAUGACCCAUCGUACCUGGAGCCAGCGGAUGUUCGUCAGCAGCUUAGUCAUUACCAGCUGGCCUCCCGCAGUCAAAUGUGUUCCAGCUCGAUACCUGGUGGCUCAACAGUGGCUGACAAUCGACCAGACGGCGUCCUCACCUGUGAGUUCUGCGAGUUCAGCUCUGGUUACAUGCAGAGCCUGCGGCGGCACUACAGGGAUCGCCACGGAGGGAAGAAGCUCUUCAAGUGCAAAGACUGUUCCUUUUUCACCUGCUACAAGAAUACCUUCACCAUGCACGUGGAGGCCGGUCACAACAACAAUGCACCUGACGACAUCCCCAAAGACCUGCGCUGCCCUCUCUGCCUCUAUCACACCAAACACAAGAGCAAUAUGAUUGACCACAUUGUCCUGCACAGAGAGGAGCGCGUGGGACCACUGGAGGUCAGCCGCUCCAAGCUGUCGCGCCACCUUCAGGGCCUGGUGUUCCGUUGCCACAAAUGCACCUUCACAUGCUCCAGCAACCAGGCCUUGCAGCUGCACCUGCAGAAGCAUGCCGAGAUAAAACCCUACCAGUGCCAGCUCUGUUAUUAUGACAGCAGUCGACGGAGCCAGCUUGAGGAGCAUCUACGCCUUGAGCACAAGGUCAUCCGGAACUUUGAGCUGAUGGGCCGGGUCAACCUGGACCAGCUGGAGAUGAUAAAGGAACAAGGGAGCAGCGCAGAGGAGGAAGACGAAAGAGAAAUGAUGGCGAUGGUUGCAGGCGCAAAGGUGGCUUCCGCAGAGGAGGAUGAGGAUGACGAAGAAGGAAUGGAGAUGAUGGAGAGCAUAGUGCGGGAGCAGAGGGAGGUGGAUGAUGAAGAGAUGGAGGGUAACAUCAAAGAGGAAGAGGAGGAGGAGGAGGAGGACAAAGAGGAAGAAGAAGUCAAGCAGGUGGAGCAAGAGAGGCCUGCCCUACAAGAGGUCCUUGCAUCUCCCAUCAGCAGCACCAGCAGCAGCUCUGGGCCGAGCGUCGUAGAGAAGCGUCUCCCCUGUGAGUUCUGCGGCCGCUGCUUCACCAACAGUCUGGAGUGGGAGCGCCAUGUCCUGCGUCAUGGCAUGAUGGUUAACAACAGCCGAAUGGACACCAGCUCCUCCGCAGUAGAGGCCUCAGCUUCAUCUUCCACUGGCUCCUCCAUCGUGAUGGACACAGGAUUGGACCUGUCCGGCAACAUAAAAGAGGAAGACUUAUCGCUGAGAAGUCAAAGCCAGUAUGUGGAAGACAAAGAAAUGCUCGACACCAAAAAGGAUCAACAGUUUGGUUGAACUGAUUGUGGCCUCUUGGGGUAUUGUGCUAGAAACUGAUAGCGUUUGGUAGGAUCAGCACUGAGUUGGAUCUUAAAAUAGGAUGUCAAAGGAAGAAAAAAGAUUGAAACUGAAAAAAGUGACUUCUUAAGAGUUGGCGCAUUACUAGAUUUUAGGUGUUACAUAUUUAAGUAUUAGGUUGUGCUGCAUAAAUCGGCUGAGCUCUUUAAAUGGGCAGUCCCCUAGGACAGAUCUUAUAUAUUGGUAACCAAUAGUGAACAGAACUCUUUAUUGCUGACAUUCUGGUCAAAUCUACAAUGACAUGAAAGAUCCCACCUAGAUAAAACUACGCUAUUUAUAAAGAAUGUUGUCCAAAAUGAAAAUGAUAAACUAAAUUUAGCAUUUUAUUAUUUGAAGCACCUUUUUACCCCCCCCCCCCCCCCCCCCCCCCCCCAUCCAAAACAGGGUUGCUGUAAAUCUACCUGAGAGGAACAAAUGAGAUAUGAAAGCAUUUACAACAGUAACCCACUGUAAAGCUACCUUCUCUUGUUGAGAUUCUUUUUUUCAUCUUGUGUUAAAUGUGUAGAAGUAUUCCUUGAGGAAGAGUCGCACCUUAUCUAUUUUAGUGAAAUCACAAAUCACAUUUUCUUCAUUCGUAGAGAUACAGACAAUGUAUGUAGCAAAUUGCUAUAUUUUAGGCCCCUUAAUAUUAUACUGCGUAUAAGCCUUCAGCCCGUGGCACCCCUUGCAAUUUGACUAUUUUAUUGUUCAGUAAUUUCACUGAUGUGAUGAAAUUAAGGAAGUAAUGGGAUUAGUUUAAAUCUCUCCUCCCCUGUAGGAUAUGAUGUUGUUUGUAUUCCAGGUUGAACAGUAUCACAGUAAACGUGCGCACCCCGCAGAUCCAUAUAACACAGAUAUGUUUAAUGUGUCAUGACUGUAACUAUAUGAUAUAGCAAUCUGUUAGGCUGAGCUUAGAAAUCGUUAGCCUGCAACGUAACUACAGGUUUGAACAAUAGUGGUGUAAUAUCAUCUUCUCAUCGUGAUCAAUAGACAGAGGUUACGCUUGUCUUUUCAGUGCAAAAUGUAUAAUUGGAUGUGACAGGAUCCAGCUCUGUCUUCUGACUGUAGGCGCAUCCACAAGUUUCUAAUAAAUGAUCAAGUUAAUGAUAUAUCACAGGUAUGUUGUUAAAGCAGAACCAGGACGCCCCUGGGCAUGGUCUGGCUGACUGGAUCACACUGUGCACAAACCACGUGUUGACCACCAAGGCUGAGUGUUGAAGCCCGAGUGCCUUAAAAUGCAGUUCCUCUAUUUGCCCCUAUAAGGCUAUAAUUGCUUUAAAAAAAAGACUCCAACUGGUUUGAAGUAACCACGAAAUCACCAAACUUAACUCUCAAAAUGCACCAGAAUUUCUGCUCUCAGCAGCUAAUUCCACGUCUUCAAAAGUUUCCCUUAGUGGCAAUUUGGAAAGUCAUUGGUCCAGGUUCCUCCAUUUCGGCCACAUUUGUAUUUCUAGGCUCCAAAUGACUGACAGGCUGGCGUCAAGGAUUGAACUCAAACCCAGUGCUUCAAAAAGUCCUUUCAGAAACUUAUGGCUGAUGCCACAGAAUCCACAGACGUGUUUCUCUGCAGUCUGUGAUCCAGUUUUGACAUGAUGGGAUACACUGAAAAGACAAGGGUAACCAGGUCAGAAAGCGCUAAAACCAUUUGUUUCCACGUAUAUAGAAUCUAUUUGCCACUGGGACUACAGGUUGAAAAUUGACUUUUUAAACGCAUCAAAUUCCCCAACUUUAACCCCUUUAAAUUCUCAUCCUGUGUGCUUCUUUUUAGACAAAGUUGUCACGUUAUUGUUGAUACUGACAAAAGGCAGAGAUUGUAUUUGUUGGAAGUUGCUGCUUGAAUGCCCUAAAGCCUUAUAAGAUGAUAAAUAGCAAAUAAGUCAAAUUUAUGUCCAAUUCCAGUGAGACCAAUAAGCAACGUUGUACAGUCUGAAAUUAACUGGCUGAUAGCGACAAAAUCAAAUUAGUAGAGGAGCACAAUUAAUGUAAUUGUGUUCUUGGUACCAAAAUAUUUACCAAGCCUGCUGUGUUUGCUGCUGUGAUUGUCCUUCCUGAGCAUUGAACCAUUGAUGGAAAUGGGAAAUCUGGGUUUGGACCAUAGGAUUUUGGAAUUAGAGUUCUACGGGUGGAACCCAGGUGAACUACAUGUUUGCAGCCAUGUAUAGAAAACAAAACUACUCGUUAAGUGUUUGAACUGUGGUGUUUCAGAAAGGAUACUUUAACCCUUUUUUCCUUUAGGUGUUCUCAUUUUAAAAAAAAAAGAAGAAAAAAAGAAAUCUAAAGAUGAUAGCUAACCCUUAGGGGCUUUUUGAGUCCCCAAUCCAACGUUAUUACACUGUCGUACAAUGUCUGGUUACAAUGAAAAAUAUCUCUUUUUUUUGUACUGUAAUGGGAAUGAGCAGAUAGGAAGAGCAGUGUCGUUGUACAAUAUUUAAACACGUGAAGGAAAAUGAUGCCGUUCUCUACUGAUUAAUGGCCAGGGCUUUUAUUGUGAAGGAGAAAACCGAGGCCGCGUAAGAGACAAGAAAAAAAUUGUUCCUUUGGGGGCAUUUACCUAAACUGCUUGGUCCUUUUCUGGGUUUGACCACCAUCUGGGUUCCCAGUCAGCCUAUCGAUCCCACUGAGAUCUAGCUCUAUGUCCAAUCUGACACUCCAGUAUCUUCUAUCCACGACCAGUAAGGGCAUCAGCUCACUUGCUCCUAGUAGGCCUGCCCGUAGUCUACCAAGUCAACAGUAGGUGGGAAUGUAGCAGCCCCACUAUGCUCCUCAGUCCUUGUAAUACCUGAACAACCGUUUGAGUUGGUGCUGAAUCUCGAAGCCCUUUUUCUGGUUUUCAGGACCAGCUUGUAGCUUUUUGAAAGUGAAACUGUUUGAAAACUGUUGUUGUAGAAAUAAGCUUUGUAAGGCAGCUUGUUGCCCAGCCUAAAGUCCAGUUAAAACACAUGAUGAACUGGGACGAACUGGGAAAUGAAGCUGUCAACCCAAAACUGUUUGUUGGUCUGUGAUCAUUUUAAUAGAAAAUGACUAUGAAUCCCUCACUGUGUGCAGUCACUAGACUGUAAUAUUCCCAGUUUACCCAAAGUUACGCCCCUGCUGACAACACACUGGAUACUUGUAUAUAUGUUUAGUUUGUUUCCGAUGCAUUUCUCUUUUCAGACUGUUGUCUCCAUAGUUUGACACUAGAAUCUCUCCUUCUUGCCUUUCUUCCCAUAUAAAUCUGAUUACCUGAUGGUGGGUUGUGAUGUUGCCUAGAAUGAUUGUUUACAAUUUUAUUCCAUUUAUCUCUGGAUAUUCUGUAAAUAUUGUAAUUCAUUGUCUUUUUUUAACUUGAUAAUAAAGUUAUCAGAUAAUGGUUAA